CCCGCCCUGCCGGGCUGCGGGGAAGGAUUUGGGCGCCGCACCACAGAGCCCGGCCGCUGCUACCGGCUUCCGGCGUGUUGUCAGUGGUAUACAGAGGUGGAAUUAUUCUGUCAUCACUGAACAGGCAACACAUGCACUAUCCUCCUCCUUGGAAUUGAGAGCACUGACUGCACCAUUUUAGCUCAACAUUUUAACUUGGUGUCCAUCUAGAAAGGAUGAAUCAGGAGAGCAGCCCAAGCGACCACACUGAUGGCCAGGACUCACUCCUAUUGCUGAAAACCCUUCAGUCCCUCUGGACAAAGAAAGAGAUGAACAAGCAGCUCAAGGAAGAAACCUGGCGGGGUUUUGCAGCUCUGGAAGACCCAUUGGCCGGACUCCUGGACAUGCUGGAGAGCAGCAGUGACUGGAAGGGGAAAGGGCACUCCCUGGGGUAUUACAUCACCAAUGAGUUGCAACUUUGGAUAAAGGAACAUCCUGCUGUUCAGGAGUCUGGCUUGAGGCUGAAGAAACUCCAGACCCGAGUGUUCAGAAUACUAGCCCAGAGCCAAGUUAAUCUCCUUGACCCGCUGAUCAGCAUUUUUCAGCUACAUACGGCAGACCAGAACAGUUUGCUUGGACAUGUCAGUCACGUUUACCACAAGGGCAAGUACAAAGAGGCAGCCAUUCUGAGUAUAAAGCUAAAAUUACAGCUGGAUCUAGAUGUGGAGAAGAUGUGCACUCCAUUGCUACUUCAAGAGAAAACUAAUCUAGUAGAGGCUUAUGUGGCAGAAUAUCCUGAUCUCCAGCGCAAACUCUUGCAGACCCUGGAUAUGUGGUGUGAACCUAGUUUUAAUACUACAGACAUCUCAAGGCAAUAUCAAGGUUUACGACCUAACAAACUCAACCAUAAAAUGUUAAGCAAACUGGUCUUCAGGCUCCUAGAACAAUAUAACCUAGAUCCAGCUCUCUGUCCGAAUGUCAUAAAUCAGCGGCACCUAGGAUCUCUGAAAUAUCUCUUCUACAAGAGGUUUGUUGAGAAAACCAUGACUCAGGAGAAUUGGGCCGAUCAUGUUCAGAACACAGUUGGGGAGAAUCGAUGGCUACAAGAGCAGCUGAUCCAACUGCUAGUCAGCUACUGUGAUCUGAACACAGCAGCCAGGUGGGCUCUCCGCUAUAGCUUACCUGAGAAGACCCUGCCUUAUGGAGUGGCCAAUGAACUUCAGAAACUCAAGGCCCAGGAGAGGGUAGAAGAUGCUGAGAGCAGAGUGGGUGACUAUGAAAAGGAUAAGAAGGAGGGUUAUUACCAGCUCCCCAUUCCCAGGGAGAACAUUCACUUUCUGCAGACAUGGGAAGGGAUGCUGAGGUGGAGGGAGAAGGUGCUGCAGCCCGGCCAGGUUGUUGGCGUCGAUAUGGAGUGGAGGCCGUCAUUCGGUGUGGUUGGAAGGCCACGCGUCUCAGUGCUGCAGAUUGCUAUCGAGGAGCAGGUGUUCCUCCUGGAUUUGCUGCAGCUCCUCAAGCCAGAUGAGAUGGAGGAGCUUUCUCACUUUGUCCAGACCCUCUUCUCAGAUCCAACCAUCAUUAAACUAGGGUAUGGGAUGUCCGGAGACCUGCACAGCCUAGCUGCUACGUGCUCUGCUUUUAAAGAAAUGGAUAAGCACGUGCACGGCAUAGUGGACCUGCUUGCAGUAGAUAAACAAUUACAGAAAUGCUGGAGGAAGAGCAGCCUUCAGGUUGACGUACUGUCACAGGAGAAGGGCUGUGGAGACAGAGGGUUCAGGCAGCCGGAAAGAGGGCUCAGUCUGCUGGUGCAGCAUGUCCUGGGGAAACCUCUUGAUAAAACUGAGCAGCUCUCCAACUGGGAGAAACGGCCGCUGCGGGAGGAACAAAUCCUCUAUGCAGCUUCUGAUGCGUACUGCUUGCUGGAGGUGUAUAAGAAACUGUGUGAGGAUCCAUCAGGCUUUGGCCUGUGUUCAGAUCUCACUGAGAGCCUGGUGGGUAAACCUACCACAAAAUCCAGGGCAAAGAAGCAGCUGAAUCAACAAGAAAUGCCAUCACCUUCCGAGCAGCAAGCCAAAGUGAUAGGCAUGGAGGCCUUGAGCCCCCCUCCUUCCAUCUCCCCGAAGGAGUUCAGCGUGGUCUGUGAUAACAUGCUGCAGGGACUUGGACGCCACCUUCGCUGCCUCGGAGUGGACGUCCGUAUGCUAGAGAAUGAUGACAACCAUAGAAAAGCUGCUGAGCUACAAUCCCAGGUAGGAGAAGGAAGGUGUUUCUCUGUGGACUGCUCGGAAAAAGCAAAGGAACAGGCCCUCCAGGUUCUGAAGCACUUCAAUGUUCAAGUAUCCCUUGCAGAUGUCUUCAGCCGUUGUCAGUUGUGUAAUUGUGACAAAUACUUGAAGAUCUCCAAAGACCAAAUGAGGCAACUGAUGCAGCUCAGUGGACUCUUAACAGAAGAAGAUAAUGCAGAUUGGCUGGCAAAGUCUGAAGAGAAACAAGAGACAAACCCAGCAUCUGACACCUCAGAAUCCGACUCCCUGCAGCCAGUUUAUAAUCCAAACUGCCAGUGGCUAGAGGAGUCAGACGUCAAUGUGGAGACCCUGACGCUGGCCACAGGUGCCUCCCUUCAGCUAGCAGCCAUCCCGGCUGGGGUGCUGGGCAAAGCCGACCUGUCUUACUUCUACUGUUGCACCCAGUGCGGCAAAGUGUUCUGGGAGGGCUCACACUUUGGGCGAGUGGUCUCUCAGUUUAAGGAGGCUUUGGGCACCGCAGAGGGAAGCCAAAGCUUCUAUGAGCUGAGCUGAGGCGGACGGUUCCUGACUAGGGACUGGGAAUCUCAGCUGGAUCCUGAUUCCCCGAUGAGCCACUGCGGUUUUAACAGGAAAUGGACUUUGAUUUGAUGUUACGGGCUGGGAGUUUGGGGCAAAGGGUGCUCACGAUACUGUAAUGGGCCAUGGAACCUACGGGCCUGAUAUCAAAUGGCCUCCAAGGAGAUCAUUAAAUCUGAGAUGUUCCGGGA